CGAUUCGCCCUUGCCGAACCCCGAACGCGAUAGCCAAAAGCCUCGUGCCCAAAGAAAAUCCCUGGGUUCGGUGUCCGAUGGGGAUUUGCAAUGCGCCUGCCAUGUUUCAGCGAGCGAUGAACAUGACGUUCCAAAACUUCGUCAUCAAGACACGGCUGACGCAAGGAAUGAUUAACUUUUGCGUGAUCGUGUACAUGGAUGACGUCCUGGUCUAUUCGGAAACCUAUCACGGGCAUGCGCAACACAUCGAAUGGACAUUGGGUGCAUUGAGAGACGCUGGGUUCAAGAUUGCGCUUGAGAAGAGCGAAUUUUUCCUCUCGGAAAUUUCGUUCUUGGGCUAUGUCGUGACACGUGGAGGAUUGCGGCCAGAUUCGAGAAAAGUCGCGGCGGUGAAGGAAGCUCCGGUUCCUACGUCACUGACGCAGGUUCGAGCCUUCUUGGGACUGGUGUCGUACUACCGGCGCUUCAUCAAGGGCUUUGCCGCGAUUGCACGACCACUAACGAACUUGUUACGAAAGGACCAGCCUUUCAGCUGGGACGCGGAGCAUCCUACGGCUGAGCAGCUUGCGGUCAUUCGAGAAGAGGAGGAAGAGGAAGAGAGUACCGGGAGUGACGAAGACGACGACGGACUGGAAGAAGGCGGGAACAGCGGCGAAGAGCUCGGGGAAGAAGACGAAACCCCCGAAGAAGGAAGCUAUAGCGAGCAUAGCGAGGGGGAACAGAGCGAAGGAGAAGAAGAAAGCGAGGAAGGAGAAGAGGAGCACGACGCCGAGCCUGCUGGACCAGAGUGGGAAGCCGUGCCAGAAGAAGCGCUGCGAACGGGUACGGAGGCUGAGGAUUCCGAGGCGGCCCGCAAAAGAGAAGAGAUCCCGGCCGGAAAGAAGGAGUUGGAAUUCGCAAGCGCGGCGAGUCUGCGCACCCUCGACGACCCAAGCCAAGAUCCGGAGCCGCCCCGGCCUGAAGAUGGCGACCUCACAGCCACGACUCCGACCCCAUCAGCGCGGCGACGGAGCCGAUCUCCCUCCUCCUCAACCCGUCCCCCAUUUCGCCGACGUACUGAUACGGGCGAUCGGUCUUCGUCCCCGAUCACUCUCUCGCUGUCCCCUUGACUACCUCACCCUCCGCCAGCUCACCACCCCCAUCACGUUCCCCUCUAAUCCGUUUCCCCGCGACA